CAGCAGAGCACAGUGUUGAGUCAACGUUGCAUCUGCGAGGCUGAAGCAGCGGCAUCCCUGGUCUGCUGCUGCGAGACAGAUGAGAUGACUUAGCGACUGGAUCAGCUAACAUUACCUAACCCUAACCUGGAUCAAACCUUGUCACUGCCGUUUAUUAAAUAGCUACAUGCUUUAACUGGCUAGUUUGUAAGCUAAUCACCAAUGCUCCCAGAGAGCUGUCCUUGCAUAGAUUUCGAUCUAACUUGCUGCAAGCUAGCGUUAGCUCGCUGGUGCUACCCUUCAGACAUUGAAGUGGCCACAUAAACAUGCGGAUCAUCGAGGCAGAGAGCCCUGGGACAUCUUUAACGUUAAACGCAAUUUGCAGGACACGAGUUUCCACUGGCCGUUGACUGGACUUCGCAGAGCCUCUGUAAAGGGGACAGAGCGGCAGAUCUCAAGAACCAGAUUACACGCUGAACUUAUUGCCUCCAAGAUAGAACGCCAGGGACCAUGCUGAGUGUCCUAGCUGCUGGGUCUGUGUUCUUUCCAGGACUUUUCCUGCUGUCCAAACAGUGCUUGAAGUCGAUCCCUUUGCUGAGGUGGAGCGAAGGAGAUGCAGUCAUUGUAUCUGCCAGAUUGGUGUCAUCAGUUCAGGCGGUCAUGGCUUCUUCAGCUGGCUACAUCAUUGCUUCAUCUUGUGAGGAUAUCAUCGAGGACCAGCACUGGCUGACGAGCACUUACAUCAUGUUUGCCGUUCCCUAUUUUGUGUACGACAUCUACGCAAUGUUCAUGUGCUACUGGUACAAGCUACGGGUCAAAGGGCACGAGGAGGCCUCGGCAGCACCCCAGCACAUGAGCUCAGCACUGACCAGCUAUUUGCGUCGCGAGUUCCUCAUGGUGCUGCACCAUGUUGUCAUGGUCACCGUCUGCUUCCCAGUCUCUGUGUUCUGGCGACAAGGAAAGGGAGAUUAUUUCCAGGGUAUAAUGUUCAUGGCUGAGCUCAGCACUCCGUCUGUCUGCUUAGGAAAAAUACUCAUCCAGUACAAACAGCAACACACUCUCCUGCACAAAGUGAAUGGGGCUCUUAUGCUGAUCACUUUUUUCAUCUGUCGAGUCCUCCUCUUCCCUUACCUCUACUACGUCUAUGGAAGGUAUGCGUCCAUUCCAUUCCACAUGGUUCCCCUGUCAGUGCCCUGGCACUGUAACCUUGGUGCUGCUCUGCUCAUGGCCCCCCAGCUCUACUGGUUCUCCCUCAUUUGCAGGGGCGCUCUGCGACUAUUCACAGGUACCUCCCGCUCCCGGAGACCUUGUGGGUCAACGGACGCGCCUAAGGAGCAGCAGACAGAUGGCAACGCACUGCCCCAGCCCGCCAACGGCUACAGCACGCGCUCCACAGAGCCCGAGCUGGCCACUCACUGAGAAGAGUGGAGGGGAGGGUGGGGAGGGAAGAAAGGCGAAUGUACCAAUGAGUAUGUAAAGGAAAGCUGUGAGGGAAAAGUGAGACUUGAACCAAGUAGCAAUAUAAAGAAAGCUACAGACAAUGGCCUCAAAUAGUCCUGAAGUCUUGCUGGCCAGAAGUCUGAUGACCAAAUGAUCAGAUUUCUGACCUUCGAGUGCUUCAGUGUUUCAGUUUGUAGAAAUGAAAGGAGUGUUGGUGCACUCAGUAUUUAAAGAUGUCAUCAGGCACUGUGAAAGACAGGAACAUGCACUGACCUGAGAGGAAUUUGCCUGGAUGUAUAGGAAACAUAGAUGGCUAUUUCCCUCAUGUAGAUCAAAUUAAGUCCUCUCUGCCUCGAGGUAUAGGAAGAGCAGGAAAAUAGGAAUGUAUUAUAUUGUAUGUUAGUACAUUUGCUGUAGAUGGAAGGCCUAAUUCAGUUUAGUAAUGAAGAUGACCUUCAAAAAAAGAAAAAAACUCCUGGCUAAGCAGUAUUUUGACUUGUUAGUGUUUAUUAUCUGUAUCCUCUAUGUAGUCACUGUCACUCUAACAAAAUGUAACCAACCUGCAGACUGACUCAUCGUUAGAAGGGAGAUAAUCUCAUAAGACUGUAUUCUGCUGCCUUAUCCCUUUUCCCACUUUUUUUUAUUUUCAGUUUUUUUUUGUAAUUUGUUUAAGUUUUUUUUUUUUGGUUUUUUUGUUUUGUUUUGUUUUUUUACAUCUUGGGAGGAGAACGUAGAGGCUUUCCUCAGACAGAAAAAUGUGAUGGGUGUACAUAGCCGAUGUAAAAUUGUCCCUAUUUCCAUGUCAGUAUUAAGUCAGUGUUGAUUUGUUUUUGUUUUUUUUUAGGUAUGUCUUAUUUCUGCAUCUUAUGGUUCCAGAAACAACAAAACACAACAUUUCAGUUUUACAGCUUAGUGUAUGCAAACUCUCCCCAACAUUGGCAGUGCUUAUUGUUUCAGUGUAGAUAUGACUUCAUUCCAUUUAACUGGUAUCACAGUGUUUUUUGCAUUUUGCAUACAUAGAAGUGAUGCACAAUAGCAAUCACUUUUUUAAGGAAUUUACAUGUGUUCUGUUUUUUAAUUUAAUUUUUAAUUUGGUGCUGAUGUAAAGGUCAGAAUAUCCAUGUGAUUGGCAGGAGAAUUUCACUAAUGGGAUCCAUGAGUAUUAUUAGGCGACUUGGCAGUGUUGUGAUUUGAAGGGAAACAAAAGUGAAAAAAUCAUUGUAGAGGGAAGCACUCCCUUAUGAUUGACAUGCAGCACAUUCGUCCAUUGCAAUUCAUUUUAAUGUUGCUCAUUGAAUUCUGCACCACUAUUUGAGUCUGAGUUUAUGUGAGCCUUUAACACUGUAUGAACUGCUCGGGUCACCGGGCCAUCCAUUUCAGCCACCGGUUCUAGGAACAGGCAGGCUUGUUUUUAUCAUUUUAUGUUAGUUUAAAGCAGCUACACUGUCCUGGAAAUGGGUCAAGAAAAAAAAAAACAAAGCUCAGUAACCAUCAAGACAGUGUGCCAAAACAUGUGGACAACUGUGGGCAUGUUGAACACAGAAUAUCCAUUCCCCUGUUCCUUGAAUUCAUAAGGUACUGCUUCUUGACAAUACUAAAACAUUUCAACUGAUGUACUGUAUAUUCCACAAAAAAUGCUCGUUAUUUAUUUGUAAGUAUUUAUUUAUUUAUUUAUUUAUUUGGUUUGUGGUUUUGAAUGCAUAUUUAUGCAUACAUAUUAUACUCUAUGCUUCUGAGCCUUAGGUGAAGGCUGUAUUGUUACUCAAACUUAGCUAAAAUAUACUUCUCUGUCCUGA